AUGACGAUGCACUUCCCUAACCUGCCUCAGAUGCCCGCCCUGCCCAGAAUGCCGAUGCUCCCCGACUACCAUGCCUACCUCCAGCAAAACCCUCUUAUGGGAAGGAUGACCUCACUCAUGCCCGGUAUGUCUGGCUCGCGGCCGGGCUCGGCAGAUGACGAGACUCCACGACAGAUGGACGGCAAGUGGUGGGAUCUUUCGUCGUUCAGGAACAACAACAAUAACUCGGCUCCGCCGCCGGCGUACGACGAGAUCUUCCCUCAGGAAGAGCUUGACAAGAAGCAGGCGGCUGCCGUUGGAGCGGCUGCCGAAGCCGCGGCCGACAUUAAAUGCGCCACGCUCUACGAUACCCAGACCACUGAGACCGCGGAGGCAUCCUCAAGCACGGCCCCAGUCCCGAGCGUGCUUCGGAUUGGACGCAAGAGCGCCAUCACGAAGGAGCAACAACAGAACUUUCUCAGGGCCCACGAGGCCAAGUUCAAGGGAAUGCGAAGCGACAAGAAUCUGUGGUUUAUUUGGAUUCCCCUUCUCACGUGUAUAGUGGCUGCUAUGCUGUACAGCCGUUUCCCUCACUACUUUGCCAUGGCAUGGGCCAUGCUUCAAUCUGUUGCGAGAGUCGACCAGGUCCCCGACAUUGUAAGGAACGUCCAGGACCGCGUGGUUGAGGUCCUCUAG